GGGUUCAAGGACAGGACGGGAGGACUUGCCCUGGGCCACACACUGGACUUGAACACUAUUAGAUCAUCACAGAACUGUACUGUGAUGAUCACAGACAAAAAGAUAUAGCUGUCGAAACAGCUUUGUUAAGUCAUCCAUGGCAUCCCAAGGAGCCUCCAGUUUUGGGAUACUCUGGCUUUAUUUCCCUGGGAGGCGUUUACGUAAAUGCCUGAAAUAAACAGGAGCAACUGAAGUACAAUAAUGACAAGGAUGGCGUUCGAUUUCGGCCUUGAUUGAUUUCACGUGGUGCUAAAAGAAUGCAGCGGGCAAAGCCAAGCCCGCCAGGUGUGGGGCUAGCGGUGGUCACGUGAUCGUCGCCACGCCUCCGUGCAGCAAAAGUCAAAGCUCAGUUCCUGACAGUCCGACUUGCUGGAGGCAGCUGGACGGACCUGAAGAAGCGGCGGUAAAACGAAACAGCCCAGCGAUAUCUGCGUUCGAGGGGGCGUGCAUGUGCGUGCGUGUGUGUGUGUGAAGAUGAUGAAUUAGUAACGUCCAGUAACCGGAGCACGCAGCGGAUCUUGGCUCGGAUGAGACCGGUGUUGCAGCAGGUCCUGUUUCAAUAGGCUGCAGCGGCUGUGAGGUUCUGGGGUUCCGGUAUCGGAUUGGCGGAGGCAGCUGUGGGAGACCCGGCCCCUCGGUGCGGGAGCAGCGGCGGCGGCAUGAGGGGCAAACUGCGCACUGACUCCGCAGGAUGCACCGCCGCGGCGGCCGCCUAGUUUGAGGACGGAAACUCGAUUGUGACGAGAUCUGACCGCGGUUCCGGGCCUUUAAAGACUGCGACACUUGGUCUCGCCACAGUCCUCCAGCUUGUCCGCGGCCCCGCUGGACAUGGGGGAUGGAAACAGUUGGACUGGAUUUUAAACCACCCACUUCCUCGUCUUCCUCCGUCCGAGAUGGAGCAGGUAGAGUCGGAGCCGAAAGGCGAGAAUGAACCGGCCCUGCACGGCGUCCACGGGACCAAUCGGGUCCGACCGUCCUCCUACAGGGCCCUGCGGAGUGCGGUGUCCAGCCUGGCCCGCCUGGAUGACUUCAGCUGCGAGAAGAUCGGAGCCGGGUUCUUCUCCGAGGUGUUCAAGGUGCAGCACCGCGUGUCGGGUCAGGUGAUGGCUUUGAAAAUGAACAUCCUGGCCAGCAACAGAGCCAACAUGCUCAAAGAGGUCCAGCUCAUGAACAGACUUUCACAUCCCAACAUACUCAGGUUCAUAGGGGUGUGUGUCCACGAAGGGCAGCUGCACGCUCUCACCGAGUACAUCAACGGAGGGAACCUGGAGCAGCUGUUGGACAGUGAGGUCUACCUGUCGUGGAGUGUUCGACUCAGCCUGGCCCUCGACAUUGCCCGAGGCCUGCAGUACCUGCACAGCAAGGGCGUCUUCCAUCGGGACCUCACCUCCAAGAACUGCUUGGUGCGCUGGGAGGGUGAAGUGUGCUCGGCUGUGGUGGGAGACUUCGGCCUGGCUGAGAAAAUCCCGGAUCACAGCAGUGGAACAGACGUGGAGCCCCUGGCUGUGGUUGGCUCCCCCUACUGGAUGGCUCCGGAGGCUCUGCGGGGAGAAUUUUACGAUGAGAAGGUGGAUGUUUUUGCUUACGGGAUUAUUUUGUGCGAGAUUAUUGCACGGAUUCAGGCUGACCCUGACGUCCUGCCACGCACUGAGGACUUUGGACUUGAUGUGGAGACCUUUCAGCAGAUGGUUGGAGACUGUCCCAAUGACUUCCUGGGGCUGGCAGUGUUUUGCUGCAAUAUGAAAGCCAAGCUCCGCCCAUCGUUCUCCCAGAUCGUGCUGGAUGUGGAGCGUCUGCAGACGGAGAGAAAAUGCACAGAGGCGUCAGUCAAAGCCCGCCCCUCAGGUGUUGGCCCUCUGCGAAGAAGAUCCAGUGGCCCCCAGUCGGACCCGCGAAUCAACCGCAGUAAGUCUGACCUGGUCCACACCCCGGAGACGUCCCCCUCCCGCGUCCUGGCUCACCACGCCAGGUUCAACCCGUUCUCCCAGCGUGAGGACCUCAAGGGCGGAAAGAUCAAGCUGUUCGACACACCGAGCAAAUCCGUCAUCUCACUGACCUUCACCCUGCCGUCCCCCCCGGACUCCAGCGACGACACCUCGGAAGUGGACGGCGGCAGCCUGAGCCGGAGGCACCGGCGCUGCCACUCGCUGCCAUGCACGCCGCCUCCUCACCUCACCACGAUGCAGCAGACUUUUCUCUCAGAGGACGAUUCCCAGUCCGAAGUGGGUUCGGUCAAAAUGGACAUCUCUGCUGUGGAAGAGAAUCAUUUGGCUGAAACGGGGAUUGAGGAAAGUUGGACCUGCCUGGAGGGUGACUCUGGACUUUCUCCGUCUUUUGAGCAGCUGUCCCUGGACCUGCGGAACCAAGAGAAGGAGGAGCCAAUGGACUGCGCCAGCUCCCCGGACACUCAAGAUGGCGGUUCAUCGCCGUAUCUGAAACUCUUCCCACAUGAGUUAAGCUCUCUGUCCCCGUCCUCCAACGGCUGGAGGUCCCACAGCACCCCACGCAUGGCUCCGCUCGACAACAAAGUGAUUGUGAAUGCACCACCAGGGUCGAGCGACUCGCCCAGCACCAUGAACAACAAUGGUUUGCACUCACUGCCGCGGGACCCUGCCGGCGCCUCUCCCUUUGGUUCUGGCAGCGGUCAGUCUCUGGACCAGGAGGAGGUCAUCUCCUGCUCCGGCUGCUGCCUGGCCAGCCUGCGCUUCCCCUCAGUUUGUCUCAGAGCUCCACCCAGUAUGAACUCCUACAAAAACCUCAACGCUGACCACUCCACCUCCCGCCGGCUGCUGUGCCCGGUCUCCAAGGGACCCCCUCCCUCUCCAACCCCGACAAACAACACCCCUAACCUAGAGCCAGGUCUCACCCUCAUGGGGACAAGGACAUAAAACUUUAAAUGAAUGGCUUCCCGUGAUAUUUGCACAGAACCUCUGCAGCAAUACCUGCUUGGUUUUCUCCCUAUGCGGUGCAAGUGGUUUCUCACGCUCUGACUUUAUACUGGCACGCCCUCUGCUGGGCUGAGGGUGACACGGCCGAUACUAAGCUUGCGCGACCGGAAACUGUUCAGCAUGGAAUCACUUGGUCAUUGUGUGUUGACCGUGCUGAUCUGAGGAAUGUCUUUGUAUUAAUGUUGCAAUGAAAAGACACGUGUCUGGUGCUGUUUGCUUUGAUGAUCCAGGGCUGGACGGUGCGCAGAUACCGUGCGUGCGUGUGUGCAUGCGUGUUUACCAUAUUUCCGUUGGUCUGUUUCAUUUGCCUGGUGAAGCACUUUGACUGUAUUACUAUUAUUACAGACACUCUUGCUAUCGUUAUGAUUUUUGAGAUCGGAUGGUCCGAGACCUGCUGAAGAGAUGUACACCUUCUUAUUUAAACAUGGAAUUAAAUAAAGACAUAGAAUGCA